AUCUGAAAUGCCCUCGCUUGUAAAUGGUUUCCAGCGCCUUGGGUUUACCCCCAGAUACAACACUCUGAAAGACCUUAGUCGUUUCCUCUCGCCAUCUCUUAGAUCUCGUUUUCGAACUUGUCUGCGUGUCCAGAUCGUGACUUCGAAGAUUACUACCGCUACACCAGUGGGCACUGGCUAUGGGAUGAGGAAUAUCAGCUUCGCGAGCGGUAUAAACGCUUUAAUGUGUUUGAGCUUCAGAAGAUCGCGGCUAAAAGUGUUGGCGCGCAGAUUUGCGUGUCUAUCAGCAAAUUGGCUGAAGGCGGAUUCAAUAAAGUUUUUCGGCUUGUCAUGGAUGACGACAAUAUCGUGAUUGCGCGUAUACCGAACCCUAAUGCUGGGCCUCCAUUCAAAACGACCGCGUCUGAAGUCGCUACCAUGGAUUUUGCUCGGACUGUCCUUGAGAUACCCGUGCCAAGAGUCUUGUCCUGGAGCGGAGAUGCUGAGAACCCCGUGGAAUCAGAGUACAUUCUGAUGGAGGAGGCUACGGGGACUCAGCUCGGUGAGGUUUGGGAUGUGAUGGAGCUUCAUAAUAAGCUUAAGAUCGUGGACGAUAUUGUCGCCAUCGAGAGAAAGUUUCUGUCUCUAUCAUUCACUCGUUAUGGAAAUCUCUAUUUCGCGAAGGACGCUUUCCCGGGGUGCGAGAAAGCUGAAUUGGUUGGUGAUGUACCACAAUCAUUAAGAAAACUGGUGGCGGACCGAUUUGUGAUAGGUCCAGUCGUUGAUCGAGGUUUCUGGCAUCGAGAACGGGCGUCUAUGAGUAUUGAUCGUGGCCCGUGGAAAAGCCCUCAGGAUUAUCUUAGAGCGAUUGGCCUACGAGAGAUCGCCUGGAUAGGUAGCCAUGCCGCUCAAAAGCCAUCAAGUAGUCUACUUCCGACCUCCGAAGCGCAGCGCACCCCAGAAUCCCACGUCGCCCUUUAUAGGAAGUUUCUGGAUGUUGCUGAAUACCUAUUGCCUAAGGGUGAACAGAGCAGACCUACACUGUGGCAUUGGGAUAUUCAUGCCCCUAACAUAUUCGUUUACGAAGACCACGUUACUAGUCUUAUCGACUGGCAGGAUACAUGGGUCGGUCCCUUGUUCCUUCAGGCACGACAUUCGCGGCUUGUACAUUACAACGGAGAGCUAAUGACGAAACUACCUGAAAGCUACAACGCCCUUGAAGAUGAAGACGAAAAAUUGCGCGUUCGGAUCCAAGUUGAGAAGUCGAUUGUCUUGUGGACAUACGAAACUGAGACCAAAAAAAUGAAUCCGAUCCUCCACGACAUUCCACAUAUAAUUCAAGGCCGUACGAGGCGUGACACUGUAGACUUUUCUGCCAACACGUGGGAUGAAGACAUCAUUCCUUUCAGGCAAUGUCUCAUUCGCAUAGCACGUCACUGGAACGAGUUCAGCACUGAUAUCCCCUGUCCGAUAGAAUUCACUGACGAGGAGAUAAAAGCACAUCUCCUGGAUGGGGAAAGCUGGAAUGAGAAUGCGGACUUCUGGGACUCACUCCAGGGGUUUGUAUAUCGUGAUGGAUGGACGUCCAACGAAAAUUACGAGCAGGCACUUGAAAUGUUUGCACAGAUUAGAGAGCAGGGAUUGCAGAGCCUGAGCGGCGAGGAACGGUCGGCGUUUGAGGAGAGAACACGCUGGGCUGUAAGAAAGCCUGAAUAGAUUGGGAAUGUGAAAUCCCAGAGACAUGUAUAAUCUAAAACCCAG